CAGCGCAGUGGGACGGUCCCGUUGCCAUGGCGGCGGCGUCGGGAGGGCGGGAGCAGGGAGGGAGCAUGGCCGCCCUGGCCCGGCUGCAGGAGAGGCUGCAGGAGCUGCGGGAGGAGUAUUUCCUUGAGAACAGAUCUAUAGAUGAAGACAGAAAAAUAAAGUACAGAGCUGCUGUCAAAAUCCAGAGCUGGUUUCGAGGAUACAGAGUCCGAACCUAUCUGAGACAUCUGAAUGAAAUGGUGAUUUUGAUACAGAAGUGGUGGAGAGGAUAUCGAUGCAGAAAACACUUCAGAAAAAUGGUGGAGACAGCAUAUUUUAUUAUGAAGAUGAAUUUCUACAAUGAAAUGGCUGUCAGGAUCCAGAAAAGAUGGCGAGGCUAUUAUGUUCGGAAAUACAUCCAUAAUUAUUAUGCCCUGAAGAAAUACUUGCAAGCUGUUUCUGUGAAUAACGCGUUUGUCAGGAGUGAACUUCAAGAGUACAUAGAAACAAAGGAAAAUGAAGAGAAAAUGAAAGACCUAGAGAAGAAAGAAAAGGAAAGGAAAUACCAAGCCCGAAAGAUGCAUUACCUCCUUAGCACUGAGCAGAUUGCAGGCAUCUACAAUUCACCAUUCAGAAAAUCCCCAGACCCAAUGGAACUGCUGCUAAGAAAUUCAAAGCCACUGAGCCACAGAAAGAAGCAAGUGAAAAGUCCCUUUGCCUAUGAGCUCUAUGACUGGCCAACUUGUAAAAAGCCCCCAGCUUUCGUCGCAGCACUGCCUCUGCCACCUAUUGGCAGACAGAAACCUCAGGGGCCUUUCCGUGAUACUGCUGAAGUAUUGUGGCAGCGCUACAAGCCUUUAGAACCAACCUUGCGAGUGGCAGAAUCAAUCAAUUCACCACUGGAGAAGGCCAGAGAGGGAAUAAAAAGGGAGGAAUGGAGAAAUCCUAUACAUGACAAUGAAUUCCUGCCAUUUUCUUCAUAUCAUAAAAAUGAGGAUGAGAAGUAUGAGCCAUCACUUUGUAAGUCAGGCAAAUAUGUCCAAGAAGCUUAUGGAACCAAACAUUUCAGAGAAGUAUAUCCUAAGAAGUGGAUAGCAGACAAGAGUCCUUCCGCACUCAGGCUGCAAGUUUCCAAGCUCCCUCCCAAAACAAGUUGCAUCGGACAAACUAUCCAGCAGAAACUCAGUCAAGUGUGAUUGAGUUACAAACCAGUUAA